AAAAAUGAAGAGUCACUGACUCCUAAAGUGGGUAGAGUCGUCUGUUUGCCUUUUCGACUUCAAAAAGCUAAUCCAUCCGUUGAACAAAGUGGGAGUUGUCAUGUACAGAUCAAAAGGAGGCUUUUCAGUGAUUAACAUCUGAACUUACAAACUCAAAGGAGUCCCAGGGCGUGACUUGAGAAACUUUCCUGCAGGAUUUCCCUCAUACUGACGUGAUUCCACCCCGCAUUAAAUCUAUCUAUCUUAUUUCCACAACUGACAAGAAAAUAUAUUAUUCAAAUUGCAGUAUAAAAUAUUAAUGUAAAUAAAAGAUAAGCCUACCCCACAAAAUACAAAAAAUUUCCAAUAGUAGUCCAAAAUAGAUAUUUUCCAUUUUUAUCACUGAAGUUUAAAAAAAAAAUGUUCCUCUUGUCAGACGAUGAGAAAAUCUCUCGCAUGUGAACUAAAAAAAAAAACUAUUAUUAUCCGUUGGCGAGGUAAGCUUUUGGUACGUUUCAGUGUUAGAGGGAAUCCCUCAACGUCACCAAGGAUACCAAACACAACACGAGGCUCAAAUAUGGGCAUGUACGUCAGCGGAACUCCUAUCCGGGGCGGGGCGUGAAAAUCUAGAAAUGCCUCGGUGUGUUGAGAUGGCUUCAUUCAUACGACACGAUCCGCCGCCGCACACCGUAUUAACAAGCCGAAGCCCUCCGGUAUUCUGCCCAUGGACUAUGUGGACAUGUGAGAGCGCGCCGAGGAGCAGAAAAAGGAUGUACAGCUGAGUUUCUUUUUACUACGUUUUAAGAGGAUCGCUCUCCCUCGAAACGCGGGGAACUGGAUCUAACUUCUUCAUGCAACUUCUUUGGAAAGAAACCAGGACGAUCUCAAACGGGAAUAACAAAAACAUUUACAAAGGUGAUUUCGCGCACUCUCUGGUAACUGCAGGUGUCUCGUUCUCUUUCGGUCCCUGCGGGGAGAUGUACCAAGGGUUCCCCGGUGACCCCGACAGUGGAUCCCGUGGAAGCUCGUCUCCAUCCAUAGAGUCUCAGUAUCUGUCCUCAGUGGACUCCUUCGGGAGCCCGCCCACCACUAGUGCUCCACAGGAGUGUGUGUCAGCUGGCACUGGCUUGAGCAUUGUGGGUAGCGGGCCAGGAACAAGCGCUGGAGGUGAGAUGCCCGGUUCAUUCGUGCCCACUGUCACCGCCAUCACCACCAGCCAGGACCUGCAGUGGUUGGUGCAACCAACCCUCAUCUCCUCCCAGGCCUCUGGACAAAGUAGUUCCACUGGCACCACAACCAUGACCCAGCCAGGAUCACUGGUGGACCCCUAUGAUAUGCCCGGUCCCAGUUAUUCCUCUGGGUCUGGUUUCACUCCUCCAUCUUCAGAAGCUUCAGGGCCGGCUCCCGGCCCAAUGCGCCAAUCCCGAACCCGCAGCCGCCGCGCAAGAGAAGAGUCUGUGAGUGAAGAUGGAGAUAUUUGUGUGUUAUUGACACCUGAAGAAGAAGAAAAGAGACGUGUUCGUCGAGAGAGAAACAAGCUGGCUGCUGCUAAAUGCAGAAACCGCAGACGGGAGCUUACAGACAGACUGCAGUCGGAGACCGACAUCCUGGAGGAAGAGAAAGCAGAGCUGGAAGCGGAGAUCUCAGAGCUGCAGAAGGAGAAAGAGCGUCUGGAGUUUGUCCUCGUGGCCCACCAGCCCAACUGCAAGAUUCCAUACCAGGAGCAGCCUCAGCAGAGUUCAGUGCAGCUCCCGCCGGUGCAGCCCCAGCUCCCUGCCCCGACCUUACAGCCACCUGUUUCCAUUGUGGGCUUGACUGUGAAGGAAGACUCUUUCUAUAUGCCACCUGCCUACGCAACCCACCCGGCCUCCACACAGCCCCAGCCUCCGGGACAGCAGCAGCAAGUCCAGCAGCCAGGAUUAAUGCAGGAGGUAGAGUUUUCUAGUUCUUUCUAUGGCUCAAGUGAGUCGGCACCUGGUGGGCCAUGCCUCAUGGCCAGUGACAGUGGUGGUGGUGUUAACCAUGACGAUGUGGCCAUUGGCAGCUACAACGCCUCAUACACAUCUUCAUUUGUGUUCACCUACCCAGAGGGAGCCUGCGGGGUCAGUGCCAACCAGCGGAACAGCAGUAGCGAGCAGUCAUCUGAUUCCUUGAACUCGCCUUCUCUGCUGGCGCUCUGAGCGACAUGACUAUACACACACACAAGAUGAUCAGUAGGCUGAGACAUGUACACAAGUGCAGUACAUGCACAGAAAUACUCAGUCAGAAAAAAAAAACUAAUUGGAGCCUCGUUUACACCUAAAAAAAACAUUUCAAUAACACAAAAAGUAAAAUAAAUCCAACUUUUUGACCUAAACCAAACAAAUAAAAUUUUAUUUUGUAUUAAUGAGCAUAGUGGCAACAUGACACGUGAAUAGAAAGUGAGUUACAAGCUUUGCCAAUUUGAAGUGCUCUUAAUUAAUAGAUAAUUCACAAUGAAUUCUUUAAUUGAAAUACUCUAUUGGAGUACAGUUUAACAUGCUCAUGCUUCACACCAACAAGCACAAGUGCCCCCACCUUGUUCCCUCUGUCGGUCGUUCUUUUGCUAGUGCUCUUGCUCUCAUCCGUUUCCAUUCUUUUCUCCCCUCUUCUUAUUGUUGAAUGUAUUUGUGCAAGUCUGAAAUAGGGAUGAAGGACAAUUUGUUCAGGGUCUUUUCUUGUGGGAGACAGAUCUCUCACUCACCUCUAACUCCUCACCUGCUCGGCUUCCUUCUGCUUCUUCAUUUGCUGCUUGGACUUGGCAAGUUGGGGAUCUAAGUCUCUUAGUCGUGUGCUUUCUUCUCUCAUUUAAAAAACAAAAAGAAAGAAAAAAAAGUAUUCGGCUGCCUACCUGCCAUACGAACCAUCUCUAUCCAUCUGUUUUUUCCCCUUCUUCUGUCUCUAUGUUUCUCCAACUCUUUGAAGUCUUCGAUUCCUGAGAGCCUCGAGAACCCGUCCAGCCCUUGGAACCUUGAGUGAAAGCCGACGCGACUAACAUGCCUUUUAGCGCCCUGUCUUUCAAGGAUACGGACACACCUCCCAAAAUCAGAGGAAGCUUUUUCUUGGAGCUAAAUGCCCAGAUCGCUGUGGUGACAAACAGCUACAAACCUAAAGCAUGCUGAGCCAUUUUUUCCCAUGUUGUUCUCACAAUUAAGAAUAUUGUGAUCUGUUUUAACGCUGGAGAACAUUUGAAAAAGAAAGUUUAGAUGAAAAGGUGAGAUUCUGCUGGAGUCUCCAUUGAGGAGGAUUACUCAACAUUCCACUUUUUGGACCUAAAACAAGCCAAAUAUGAAACAUAAAGCAAAAAAGAAGAAAAAAACAUCUGUUCUUGCUAGCUAUGGGGAUUACAGACCUCAGAAAAACAAUAUCACUCAGCCUCAAAAAUCGACAUGCUUGUAACUGAAAACUGAAGACUGCAGCACUCCAACUCUUAUUUUUGGGUCGUAAACUAUCAAAUGUGAGCCGAUGCCUUUAUUUAGAGGAGGGACGCUACAUGUUUUGGAUGUUUUUCCUUCAGCGUAAAGGUUAAGAUAGCCUCUAACCGUUGGGCUCGGUGGCCUCUGUGCCUUCCUCGGUCAUCUGACAGGAGAUGAGGUGCGUUUAUUGUGAGUGCGUCCACUCUGAGGCACCUGGCCCGUUUCUUUCUUUCUUUGUGGAGGUUGAUUUGACCAGGGAGCACACAGAAAGACAAAAAGAGGAGAACGUGUGGGCUAAUUAAUGUGGAGCGAGCGUCCUUUCCUUAGCCUGUGAAAUUGUACAAGUUGUUUUUUUCUCUGGAUGUUUGAGUGAGACUUGUUAUAUAUUUUUAUUGUUUGUUCGUUUGUUUGUAUGAUUCACCGUUUUGCAUUGACCUCUGCUUUCUCCUGUACUGUUUGCAUUUCUUGUAUUUUUUAUUUUUUACUCUGCUGUUUCGAGAGACAGAUUUCCAAAUAACUGUUACUAUUAGUAUUGUACUUAUUGUUUCAUUAUUUUAUUGUAUUUUCAUUUGGCAACUUUAGAGGCAUGUUGUGCACUAUGAAAAUAUAUUGACACACAUAUACAUCUAUACAGGUAGCAUGUAUAUGAAUAAGUGUAUGUGCCAUGAUUGUAAAGUAUGAAUGUCUGCAGAUAAAAAUGGGAUAUUUUUUUCAAUGAAGAGCAAAAGUAAAAAGAAAUGAUAUUUUUUCUAAAGGAACAAAAAUUUUUAAAAAAGAAAGAAAUAUUGAGUUUAAUAGUACUCCCCUGUUCCUGAACAUGAAGCACGACGUCACUGCCUCUGUCAAUGUGUAUUUAUGUUUUAUUAACAAUAUAAAGCACUAUCCAAGUUACAUUUAACGUGUUUACUAUGAUGAUGUAAUGAGGUUGUGGUAUUGCCUUUUGUUUGUUUGUUUGUUGCCUGUGAGGUCUGUCCAAAAGCUACUGACACCUUGAUGCCACUUUGAUCCGAUGAGCAAAGCGUGGAGAAAACAAAGUCAUCCAGUGAUUGAAUGUUGCCAUUCAUUCUUUUCAAGUGUUCAGAAGACAACAUAAUUUCUUACCUGUUGAAAUUUUCCUUGCAAAGUUUGCUCGGCAGCAGCCAAAUCAAAGCAUUUUUAAGAGAAAUGUGUGUUUGAAGGAGAUGGUUUCGGCUUCGACUGACGGACCAAACCAACUUGCACUUGAGAAAAUAUGUUGUCUUGGAGUUAAAACAAAAAUGUGAUUGUAUUUGCUGAAAAAAAGCUUUAUUUUCAUGAAAUAAACAUGCUGAAAACGUU